AUGAAUGUUAGAGAAGGGGAAAACAGUUUAGACAAUGAAAAUUGCUUCUCUUUAGGGAGCAAGCCCAACCACAAAGGAAAUUCAAUUGUACCUAUGAACACUGAAAAAGCGGAAUCCGAAAUCUCUGAAAAACCCAAGCAUGAGCCCGAAGAACGGACUUGCAGGAUCUGUCUUGAGCCAGAAGCCCCAGAAAACAAGCUGAUAUCACCUUGCAAAUGUGCAGGCAGUGUAAAAUAUGUUCACGAAGAGUGCUUAAAAACCUGACUGGCAUCCCUCGAUGAGGACAUAGAAAACGGGAAAUGCGAGCUCUGCAGCACAAAAUUCUUAAUGGACUACAAAAUUAAGUGGCGGUUUCUCCCAAAGGACGCUUGCAAAGAAGGAGUCGCUCAAAUCCUGUUUGUCCCUUUGCUAUUUGCGGUUAUUAUCAUGCUCUGUUUGAUUUUGUUCUUGCUGUGCUCAAAGUACUUACUUGAAGCCCAAGGCGAGGAGCAAGGGUACAUAAUAGCGCUGAUCCUCACUUGUGUAUUUUCUAUCUUAGUCCUCUCAAUCCUGGUAGUCAACGCAAUGAAGAAGCUCUGCUUUGUAAUUCAUCUGGACGAAUGGCACAUACAUGAUCAGGUUUUCCAGCCUGAAGAGCAGCAGGUAAAGGUAGAGCAGACAAUUGAGAGAACAAUGUCAGUCCCUCCUGUGCUUGUGAUUCCUAAGUCGAUCAAGCUUAAAGGGAAAAGAGUUAGAACUCCAUCGCUGAGGCCCGCAAUGACACCUGUGAAUCGAGGAAGCAGGGUCGUUGGCUUUACACCGAGGUAUAUGACGCCUGGAGUUAGCAUGAUGUCUGCAAGCCAAAGCAUUCUAACUCCCAUGCACACAGAUCCAUGCACUUUUCGAGACACAAAGGCGCGGCAAAACAACUCAAAGCUGCCAUUUCUUGAUGAGAGCUUUUUUGAAUAA